AGCACGGUUCCAGCCGGGAAACCACAAACUCGAAUCUCCGAGAUGGCAAAAGUAUCAGAAUUGAACAAAACCUUCAAAAUCAUUCCAAAGAAACCAAAAGUUAGAAAUCUCCAAACCUUGUGAUUGCGCUCCAUGUAGAACGAAACUAGUUGCAGAAUUUCAUCCUCCAAUUGUAGGCAGACUUUUGAAAUAAGGAUCUUCUAGAUUAUUCAUCUUCUUAUAAUUCCUCUUUUUGCAAAAACAAACUGCGAGGGCAGAAGAAGAAUUGAAACAGAUUGGGCUGCGGUUGAAGCUUUUUCAACUACGAAGCUGCAUAACAAUCCAAGCAACGGAUUUGGAUUGGGCUACAGAAUCUGUCCGUGUAUCGAUUUUGGAUUUUAGAUAAGAAUCUAAGCAAAAGAUUUUACACCCAAAAGUGGAGUAUUUAGAAAUUGCAUGGUGUUAGAGUAGAAGGAUAUUUAUGGCAUUUUGGUAGAAAUGUUUCCCCAAAUAAGAAGUUUAAAAUCCAUUUUAGAUGUUUACAAAUAAAAAGUGUAAAAUUAAUUUGGCGAAGCAAGUCUAUAUUUGAAAAUUUGACAAUGAGCAAAUCGGCCAAUUGCCGCCCAAUUCUCUCUCUUUCCGUCAAAUGAACUCUUUAAUUACGUACGCCGUUGACGAUAAUGACCUCGAUGACGCCGCCUUGUGGGCGGUGAUCGACUCCGCUGCCGCCGCCGCCUCCAACGCCUCCAGGACAACCACCGUCUCCACCGUCAAACACUGUAAACCUCUGCAUGUCAAGCAUUCCCCCACUGUCCCCUUCCCCAUAUCCUCUCCCCAAUGUAGUCUUUCCAGAAACCCUAGAAAGCAUCCUCACCCCGAUGGCGAGGACCUCAAUAAAAGCUCAAAAAAACUCGCUACGAUUAACUCUCCGGCUUCCUCGUAUCGCAGUCAGGAGGAUGCGCCCCCUUUGGAAUUGGUAAAGCACGUGCAGCGCACGGCGGCGAGACCGGUAUAUUCUUCGCCGCCGGAAACGAGAUCUUCCGUUACUGAAUACGGUAACUAUAAUAAUAGUCCCGGUAGUUCCGAGUGUUCUCCAGUGACGACAAUGAACCACGGAAGGUGCGAUGAGAGAGCAGGAUUUUCAAGGCAUAGCUUGUUUGGUCAGUUUCCGACGGUGGAGCUGUUCAAGGAUUACCAAAAUGCAGCAAUGGCGAUUUUGGAGAGAAGUGAUUACACAAUGAUUUCUGGGAGCCCUUAUAUUAAAAAAUCAGGAUGGAGGAAGAUAUCUUUUUACUUCAACCUGUCUUUUGAAAUCAAAGACAAGACCAUUGAGUUUGAUGAAAACCGCAAUGUUGUGAGAGCAGAAUUUGUGGCUCGGGCGUACAUGCAGGGAGGUAGGUUUUCAGAUGGAUGGGGUUCAUGUGAGCGGCGUGAAAAAAAGUUUAUGAAACCAAAUCAUGACAUUCCAAGUACAGCAGAGACCAGGGCUAAAAAUAAAGCUUGCCAGGAUCUGCUUGGAAUCGGGGAAUAUAGGUCUGGUGCCAGCCGUUCGUAGUAGUGUGAAUUACAAAUAUUCCCGAAGUAUUGCCGAUGUCUCUAAUCUGUAUGGACCUAGAUGAAAUCUUAGGCUCAUGGCUCAUGAGUUUCCAACUUCCUUAUUCGCACACUAAAUUCCCUCUUGUAGUCAGUCAUUCCUGGGUAGUGUGUACUAUCUAAUCGUUUAUUGAAUGAAUCUGUUUUAUCGCCCUGCGAGAGGAAUAUGUAAUGA